AUGCCUCUAUAUUCAAAGUUCUUGAAAGAGCUCAUUAACAAAAAGAGAAGCUGGCAUGAGAAGGAAACCAUUAUGCUCACUGAAGAACGCAGUGCUGUAAUUCAAAGAGGCAUCCCACCAAAACUCAAGGAUCAUGGGAGCUUCUUCUUGCCUUGUACCAUUGGUAGCCUAACCAUUGAUAAGGCACUGUGUGACUUAGGAGCAAGCAUCAAUCUAAUUCCCUAUUCUAUGAUGAGAAGGCUAUGCAUAGAGGAGGUAAAGCCCACACAAAUGUCACUAGAGCUCAUGGACAAAUCAUUGGUAUUUCCCAGAGGAGUGAUUGAAAAUCUCCUGAUCCAAGUAGGGAUAUUCAUAUUCCCAGCAGACUUUAUGAUCCUGGAUCUAGGAGAAGAAGGGAGUGACUCUAUUAUCUUGGGAAUACCCUUCUUGGCCACAACAAGGGCUAUCAUAGAUGUUGAACAAGGAGAGUUGACCCUAAGGGUACAUGAUGAAAGCAUUACUCUGAAUGUCUUUCCAGAAGCACAUCAUAAUGAUGAAAAGGAAAAAUGCAUGGAGGUUGACAAAGAAGACUUGUAG